AGUGAUUUGCAUGAAGGAUCCUGCUCCUCCUCCCUUCCAUGGGCUGCUUUCACAGGGCUGCUGAGGUCCCUUUAAGAGUCAGACACACGCUAGAGAUAGGCAAACUUGUAUCUCAUGUCAGUUACAUGCAAUCCCUGCUUCCCUUCUCGGGGAUCCUCCUGCUGCUAGCGCUGUUCCUUUAAGAGUUGGCCUACGUGGCAGACGCAGGAGACAGCAGCGGCUUUAGCAGCGGUAGAGAGGCACUUCCUGUGGAGGAGUCUGCAGCAGCAGCAGCGACAGGGGUGUGCGAGCCCAGGGAGCAGGCAGACACCCAGCCUGGAGCAAUUCCCCACUGCAGCACCCACCCAGCAGCUGAGACCAUGGGCCAGAAUGACCUAAUGAGCACGGCUGAGGACUUUGCAGACCAGUUCCUGAGAGUGACGAAGCAGUACCUUCCCCACGUGGCCCGCCUGUGCCUGAUCAGCACCUUCCUGGAGGAUGGCAUCCGCAUGUGGUUCCAGUGGAGCGAGCAGAGGGAUUACAUUGAUGCCACGUGGAACUGUGGCUAUUUCCUGGCCUCCAUCUUUGUGUUCCUAAAUCUCUUCGGACAGCUGAGCGGCUGUAUCCUAGUGCUGAGUAGGAACUUUGUGCAGUAUGCCUGCUUCGGCUUGUUCGGAAUUAUAGCAUUACAGACCAUUGCUUACAGCAUUCUGUGGGAUCUGAAGUUCUUGAUGAGGAACCUGGCCCUUGGGGGAGGCUUGCUGCUGCUUUUGGCUGAGUCACGGUCAGAAGGGAAAAGCAUGUUUGCCGGUGUCCCCACCAUGCGGGAAAGCUCCCCCAAACAGUACAUGCAGCUGGGUGGACGUGUGCUGCUGGUCCUCAUGUUCAUGACACUGCUACAUUUUGAUGUUAGCUUCUUUUCUAUUCUCCAGAACAUCGUGGGCACAGCCCUGAUUAUCUUAGUGGCGAUUGGCUUUAAGACCAAGCUGGCUGCCUUGACUCUGGUCAUCUGGCUGUUUGCCAUCAACAUCUACUUUAACGCCUUCUGGACCAUCCCAGCCUACAAGCCCAUGCAUGACUUCCUCAAGUACGACUUCUUCCAGACCAUGUCUGUCAUUGGAGGGCUUCUCCUGGUGGUGGCGCUGGGUCCUGGCGGCGUCUCCAUGGACGAGAAGAAAAAAGAGUGGUAACGGGAGCAGUGUAGCUUCUUAGGACACAACAGCUUAGGUCCAGGACUGUUUCUCUAUGGAUUCAACAAAAACUGCCAGCAUUUUACAUGUACCUGCCCCUCCCAUACCUUCCCCUGUUAAAGGCACAGAUGUCUUGAGAAUUUAAUUUACAGUGGCACCAGUAAUCUGAUAAGAGAUGAUAAAUCCUACUUCAAGGAACAUUGCUUAGGUUUAUUUUUUUGUUGUUUUUAACUUCCUAGAAUUGGAACUAACCCAAGGAAUCCAUUUCAUUAAGUACUUCAUUAAUGGCUUUUAAAUUUAAAGUACAGUGAGCAGAUACACAGCAGUA